AUGGCCAACGAGACAGUAUCCGACUAUGUCACGCUCAUUGCGUCCGACGGAUAUGUCUUCACAAUCCGCCGAUCGGCCGCCUGCAUCAGCGAGGUCAUCGCCCGAAUGCUACAUCCAUCAAACGGUUUCAUUGAAUCCAAGACCAAUACUUGCCGCUUUGACAGUAUUAACGGCUUGGUACUAGAGAAGGUGUGCGAGUACCUUUACUACAAUGAGAAACACAAGGAUGCAUCAAAUGUAGCCGAUAUGGAUAUUCCGCCGGAACUUUGCUUGGAAUUGUUGAUGGCUGCUGAUUACUUGAGUGUAUGA